AUGGCACUAGUUGAGCGAGAUAAAAUUAGGCGGUGGGAGAGUUUGACACCUAAAGAGAAGGUCGUUGGAGCAACGAAGACAACGAUUAAUUUGGGUGUGAUAGCCCUUGGUAUUGGAUUAUUUGGCACCGUUUUUUAUUUUUUAACACAUGAGCUUUUUAGCCCUGCGGGAUCUACAAAAGUUUUCGGCGAAGCUCUAGAGAAAAUCAGAACACAUCCGCAGUGUCAAGAAGCCUUAGGAACUCCAAUAAAAGGUCUUGGUCAACCAGGUCAUAGUAGAAGACAUCGUAAUAUGCGAGUGCACCUAAAUAACGUGAUGAAGACCGAUGGGACUGAACAUAGAGUUAUGAAAUUCUACGUCGAAGGACCCGUUCGUUAUGGGAUAGCAUUCCUAGAUCAAGCGAAGGACGAGAAUGACAACUGGAAAACCGAGGUGUUAGUAGUAGAUUUGCCCGCCAACGGUUUACACAGGCCAAGGCGAAUAUUUGUAGAAUAUGACGAGAAAGCUCUUUCGAAAGAAGGAGUAAAAUGA